AUGCAACUUUAUCGCGUGUUCCUGAUGACCGUGAUCAGCCUACUUGGAUAUUCCUCGGCAACAUCGAGCGGAAUUUUCGACCACCCUCUGAAUGGAUGGUAUCCUUGUCAUAAGUUUACGUUUUCGGAGUCAGGGGGCUCUAGUAGUCAAGGUGGAGAUGCGGAGUGUGCUAUCUACACUGCCCCACUGUGCUACCCUGGGAUCUGUGAGAUAUCCGAGUUUGCAGAGCCUACCGUUGACAUUUUCGUGAAGCGGAUUCCAGCGACAGCAGCUGAUACCAAGACAGCCCACAAUGUUUGGCUGGUCCAAGGUGGUCCUGGUUAUUCCUCCACUUCGUUGGAAUCCAGCAUGAUGGAGCUCCACGCCAAAUUAGCCGGGGCAGUCAACGUGUACACGAUGGACCACCGCGGCACUGGACGCAGUACGCUGUUUGACUGUGUUGCAGCUCAAACCACGAUGACGGGCUCUACGUUGGGUCGUGAGAUUGAUCCAUCCGAAGUUCCUGCAUGCGCGAAAGAUCUGCGGAUGAAAUAUGGUGACCUCGCGUCGUUCUCAACGACUAGCGCUGCUACAGAUAUAUCGGCAUUCAUCUCCAAGUUUUCGAAUGGUGCGAGUUCUAUCGUCUAUGGCGUGAGCUACGGAACGGUCGUGGUGGAACGUCUUAUGCACUUGAGCCCACCAACCGUUAAUGGAUACGUCCUGGACGGCAUUGCAACCACUUCAGGGGCGUCGGGUAACAAGUUCCAGUACUAUUCAAUGUGGGAUGCAGACUUUGGCAAAGUGGGUGACUAUUUUAUGGAGCUGUGUGCGCAAGACAUCACGUGCAGUUCCCAUUUCCAGUCCGCAAACCUGUCUGUCGCGCUCCAAGAUCUGAUGACAAGACUUGAUAACAACCCCAACUCAACUUGUGCUACUUUACUGAGCAAUUCGACUGAUACUUUGCCAUCGCAUGCACUUCGACAGAGGCUAGCCGUACUGUUGAAGGAUACAACAGCGCGAACGAUCAUUCCGCCAAUUGUAUACAGACUGAGUCGGUGCGACACCAACGAUGUGGACGCCAUGACCCACUUUUUCGCGGGUAUAGAUUCUUUUUUUUCCAGUACAAGUCAAGACGACCCCUUCCAAUCGACUCUGCUCUACUAUCUGAUAAUCUUCUCUGACAUGUGGGAGACGCCAACCCCUUCCACCUCCGAGAUGGAGUCGCGCUUUACGAAUGCGAGUAUUACCGAUGGAAUGUAUUCACUAAAUUCAUUGUAUUGCGCUUUCUCGAAAGAGAAGUCUCCGGCAUGUAAAGAGCUAAAUCUCGCCAACUAUGAAGGUGAAGGAAUCAUUUAUCAGCGCGACCAGUACUGGAACAAGAGGGCUAUCGUAUCCACCCAGGCAAGUGUGCUGCUCUUGAGUGGGAAACUGGAUCCACAGACACCCCAUAAGUAUGCGGAAUAUCUGUUUGAUGCGCUUGACUGUCAAAAGAAGGAGCUCAUCACGUUCGACUACGCGGCCCACGUCGCUACAGUGUCCACCCCGUUUGGUGCUGAUAUCAACGGUACCAGCCUGAACUGCGGCAUGGAACUAUUAGUAUCGUACGUCAAGAAUAACGGUGAUCUGCAGCGUAUGGACCGGUCGUGCAUCGAUGAAAUGCCUCCGUUUAAUCUGACGGUUCCGAUUGAGUAUGUUCAAGGUUUCUUCAGCACUGACGAAGUGUACGACGGUGUCUACAACGCUAGCUUCAGUCAAACAGAAGAAUCCGCUUAAACAAGUCCAGGAAGCUAUGAUCGGUGUACGAAGGAAUACAACCGUGUCAAGCUUGUCUAAAAAAACUACCAAAAGAGUUACUACCAUAAAAAUUACACGUUGUUACAUUGAAUACAC